AGUCGUGCUAUACUGAAAAGACACUCAAUCAAGGGAACUCUGGGAGAAGCCAGAAACCCUGUCCCAGGGACAGAAAAGAAAAAGAAAGAAAGUUAACCAGAAUUUCUUCUUAAACCUGUCUCAGAAAAGAACAACAUAUUUUAAGCAGAGAUUUCACCUGUGCCACAGGCUACCAUGGAUGUGCACCUCAAUACCCUUCGGAGUCAGGAGAGCAAAAGCAACAGCAGCUCCGGAAGCAGCAGCAGAGACCAGAAAGAUGUUGCUAUGAGGACAGAUUCAUCAAAAAUGACUGAUGUGGAACCUGGGGUCACCAAUUUUGCAUCUUCAGCAAGGGCAGGCCGCCGGAAUGCCUUACCAGACAUCCAGAGUCCAGCUGCCACAGGUGGAACCUCAGAUUUGCCCCUCAAACUGGAGGCUCUCUCUGUGAAGGAAGAUGUAAAGGAGAAAGAUGAAGAAACAACACAAGACCAAUUGAAAAAGCCUCAAAAUGAAGGAAAAUGAAAGCUCAUAAUCUAUCAAGAGUGCUGAAUUUCCGCAUGUUGAAAGACUUAGUGGUUCUGUUUUCCUGAGUUAUUUAAUCUGGUGGUAAAUAUGAUAACAUUGCAUCCCUAAGCAGCAUGUGUAUAUUAGAUAAUUGUGUUGCGAAACUACUCACUUGGAUUGCAAUGAUGAUGUCCAAUGUAGGGUAUUAAAAGACAGGUUACUUCCAAAUCGCACCAAAGGAAAAGGUCAAGAAUAAUACACGAUCACGCAAAUACAUACCUUUGUCUCCAAAGCCAACAAAAAUCACUGUUCUCUUUUGCAUUUAUUUAGCCUGAUGUAUGUUUAAUUCAAGUUUUACAGUGAUGGGCAAAUCAUUUCCUGGUAAAUGUAAAUCGAACACCAUUGAUUUAAAACUUCAUGGAAUUUGUAGAAAAUUAUGUGCUUUUUUUUUUGGUGAGAAUGAACAAUAGUCAAAAUUCACGUGGAUAGAGUGUGUUUGGUUUUAGCCAAAAAUACUCCAGAUUUUUUCCCAUACCUCAAAAGAGAUUUGGAAAAAUUAUAAAAGUUUGAUAAUAGAAACGUCUUUAGAAUGCUUUUGUCUGAUAUAUUUUGCUUCUAGUAUGUGCCUACUGUGAUUUUUUCAUGCGGGAAAUGCAAAAUUUGUAACAAAAUGAUUAUAUGGAACAUCUCUAUUAAAUGAAUUUUACUAUAUUCCUUAA